AUGUAUUCCAAAACUCUUUUCGCCAUCGUGUCGGCUGCCCUGGUCGGCAACGCCGCCGCUUACGAAGACGCCAAGAUCAUCAACAACAACCCUCACGGCGUGACGUAUUCUGGAACCCUUCCCGACAAGCCCUUCUUCAAGGGUGCCGACCUCGCCGGCAACGUUGUUGGAUCCAUCUCGGCCACUGCUGCUGAGAAUGGUGUCGGUACAAAGUUUACCGUCAAGUUUUCCAACUUCCCCAAGUCCGGCGGUCCCUUCAUCUACCAUCUCCAUGUCAAGCCCGCUGUCGGCGGCAACUGCACUGCUACUCUUGGCCAUCUCGACCCUACUAAGCGUGGUGAUUUGCCCGCCUGUGAAAGCGACAAGCCCGCCUCUUGCCAAGUUGGUGAUCUCAGCGGCAAGUAUGGCAAGAUCACCACGGAUCCCUUUACCGCCGAGUUCACCGACCCCUUCACCUCGCUCGAGCCUGGCAGUAAUGCAUUCUUCGGCAACGCUUCCUUUGUCGUCCAUUAUGCCAACACCACCCGCUUGACCUGCGCCGACUUCCACCUAGUCAAUGCUCCCGAGCCCGACUGCGGUGGUGGUCACGCCCAGCCUUCUGGUGGUUACGUCUCUCCCGUGCCUUCAGGCACUGCCGGUACCGGUACUCCCACCUACGGCAACCCUGUCCCUACGGUCCCUCUUACUGCUGGGGCCUCGAAGAUGGCCAUCGCGGCUCCCCUCUUCGCUCUUGGUGCUGCUGCCAUGAUGCUCUAA